AAAGUGGAAGCAAGAGAGUGUCAGUGAAAGAAAGCAGUCUGACUGCACAGAAAAGGCGCUCGGCAAACAGCGCACACUCAUUGAGUCAGUGAUAUUCUGAACACGGAGAGCUGGUGCAUUUGAGCUCAAGAAAACAGUUUUCAGUGCAGAGAGACAGCACAGAGACAGAGAAACAGAGGAAGUGGAGUGAAAAGAGAAGAGGAGAGGAAAGGAGAGGUUCUUCGUGGAGAGAUGGACUCAGAUUCUGGGGAUCAGAGUGAAGGAGAGCUCUCUCCAGGGCAAGAGAGCUUCAACUCCAAGAGUUUGGCCCUUCAGGCCCAAAAGAAGAUCUUGAGUAAAAUGGCCACCAUGGCCGUGGCAAAUCUCCUCACAGAUGAUACCAGCAGCGAGAUUCUGGACGAACUCUACAAGGCCAGUCGUGAAUACACCAAAAGCAAGAAGGAAGCUCACAAGAUCAUCAAAGAUGUCAUCAAGAUUGCCCUGAAGAUUGGCAUUCUCUACCGAAACCACCAAUUCAGUCCUGACGAGAUGGAGACCGUCGAACGCUUCAAAAAGAAGAUGAACCAGGCGGCCAUGACGGUGGUGAGCUUUUACGAGGUGGAGUACACAUUCGACCGUGGCAUUCUUUCCGAGCUGCUGAUGGAAUGUAGGGACCUUCUCCAUGAGCUGGUGGAGCACCACUUGACCGCACGCUCCCACGCGCGGAUCGACCAUGUGUUCAACCAUUUCGCAGAUGUGGAUUUCCUGACCAAGCUGUACGGCCCAUCUGAAGAGUACAGACUUAACCUGAGGAAGAUCUGUGAUGGGAUAAAUAAAUUCCUAGAUGAGGGCACACUUUAA